AAGAAAAUGAUACCCGGGUGAAGUUCUAGUGAGGCUAUUUCACCACAGACUGUCAUUUCCAGCAGCUGCUUACCAUUGGAAAUCUGGACAGGCUUUUCUGAACUUUCAGAAAAAUGGGAGUCCCAAAAUUUUACCGCUGGAUCAGCGAGCGAUAUCCCUGUCUGAGUGAAGUUGUUAAAGAAUUUCAGAUACCAGAGUUUGAUUCAUUGUAUCUGGAUAUGAACGGGAUUGUUCACGUGUGUUCACACCCUGAAGAUGACAAUCCACAUUUCCGUAUCACUGAGGAGAAAAUUUUUACAGAUGUUUCACAUUACAUUGAGUUCCUUUUCAGGAUGAUUAAACCACGCAGAUGUUUUUUCAUGGCAAUUGAUGGCGUAGCUCCACGGGCAAAGAUGAACCAGCAGAGAGGCAGAAGAUUCAGGUCUGCCAGAGAGGCAGAAGAGCUUGAGAAGAAAGCCAGAGAGAAGGGAGAAAUCUUGCCAUCAGAGAAACGCUUUGAUUCUAACUGCAUCACACCAGGCACUCCAUUUAUGGCCAGGUUACAAGAAUAUCUUAAGUACUUUGUGGUACAGAAGAUCUCCUCAGACCCUCUCUGGCAGUCUGUACAGGUCAUUCUCUCUGGUCAUGAGACUCCAGGGGAAGGAGAACACAAGAUUAUGGACUACAUACGAUAUCAGAAGUCUCAGCCUGGCUAUGACCCUAACACUCGCCACUGUCUGUACGGACUGGAUGCUGAUCUGAUGAUGCUGGGUUUAGUGAGUCAUGAACCUCACUUCUGUCUGCUACGAGAAGAAGUGCGGUUUGGAGGAAAGAAAGACAAAAACAAGAGGCCAGCUACCCCAGAAGAGACGACUUUUCACCUCUUACAUCUUUCUCUCAUGAGAGAGUAUAUUGACUUUGAAUUCUCAUCUUUAAAAGAGCCACUGUCAUUUGACUAUGACCUGGAGAGGGUUAUAGAUGACUGGGUGCUGAUGGGAUUCCUGGUGGGGAAUGACUUCAUUCCUCAUCUGCCACACCUCCACAUUCAUCACGAUGGACUACCCCUGCUGUGGAGGACUUACAUGAAAGUGCUACCUACAAUAGAUGGUUAUCUGAAUCAAGGUGGCCAUCUCAAUCUACCAAGGUUUGAGAAAUUCAUGAAAGAAUUGUCAAAGUACGAUGUGGACACAUUCAGCGACCAGUUCCAGGAUCUGAAGUGGCUAGAGGGCAAGGUGGGAAAGGAUGGACGUGGCAAGAAAGGGAAGGGUCAGAAGGGCAAGAGUAAUAAGCAAGGCCAGGGUCAGACGUCUGAUGGGGCAGGAGGCAGCAAUCAGUUUGGGGUGCUUGUUAACCUCGCUGAUGAUGAUGAGGACUUCAGCAACCUCACCAAGGAUCCUCCAAAGUCAGCAGUGGCAGACUUGAUUGACCUGAACUCUAGACCUGACACGCCCGAUACAGAUGAUGGAGAUACAUUUGACAGCGAGUUCAAGAUGCACAAAGCCAACUACUACAUGACAAAGAUGAAUUAUGUAGAUGCCAGCAGGGAAGUGCUUCAGGAGCAGGCCAGGGGCUAUGUUCUGGCCAUACAGUGGAUUCUGCUCUACUACUUUGAGGGGGUUCCGUCAUGGAGCUGGUUUUACCCCCACCACUAUGCCCCCUACAUGAGUGAUGUCACAGACUUUGCUGACAUGAAGAUUGAGUUUGAGCUUGGUCAACCUUUCCUCCCCUUUCAGCAACUCAUGGCAGUCCUUCCUGCAGCCAGCAAGGAAAUUCUUCCUUUACCCUAUCAGGACCUGAUGACAAACCCCAAUUCUCCUGUGGUGGACUUUUACCCUGUCGACUUCACCACAGACCUCAAUGGCAAACUGCAGGAGUGGGAGGCUGUCGUCCUUAUACCCUUUAUUGACGAGAAACACCUGCUGAAGGCUAUGGAGCCAAUCAAUGCAGUGUUAACAGACGAGGAGAAAGCAAGAAAUCGGCAUGGCCCCCAUCGGCUGUUUGAAUAUAGCCCUGAACCUCUGGGUGAAUACCCGUCCCCUCAACCUGACAGCUUCCCGGACAUCAAAGUCAACAGGGCAAGAUGUACAGAUAUUCCCAUGUUUGAGUUCAGAGUUCCAUCAGAAAAGCUUUACAAGGGAUUGCCACCUGGUGUGAGACUUGAUGUCUACUUUCCCGGCUUCCCCACCAUGAAACAUAUAUCUCACAAGGCUCAGUUGAAGAAGGCAGGUGUGAAGGUGUUCCAGAUGAACAGUCGAGGGGAGAACAUGGUGGUUUCUAUCAUACGUGACACUGAAGAGUUAGCUACAGAGACCGUUGCUGCAGACAUGUUAGGGUGUCCAUGCUUUGCUGGAUGGCCACAUCUGUUUGAGGCUAAAAUUGUGGAAGUUAGUGAUGGGGAUAUGAGAUUUAAAUUGUCAGAGCCUCAGUCAUCCAGUAAAGGGAAAGCCCUCAAAAAUGUGGAGAUUAUUCACGAGCGUUUAUCGGAGAGUGACUCUGCCAUUUGGAGUCGAGAAGCUGGCUUCAUUAAAGAACAAUACUACGAAAAACGAGGUAUUGAAGUUGGCAGGACGUCAAUUUUGUUGAAAGCUCUUCCUGUGAUGGGUCGCAAGUAUGUAUGUACGAAUUAUGGGCAGGUAACUCUGGAGAAGCAGUGGGCCACCUGGCCUGUUGCCUUUGCCCUACAAGCCUGUGUGAAGAAUAUAUCCGUGCAUGACCCAUCCUACACACAGUUUACUAGCCUGGAAGAGUUAUAUGCCCCUUCUACACCAGUGUUCAUGUUGGGAUUCCCACACUAUGGCUGUCAAGGGGAGGUCCUGGAUGUGGACUCUAAGAUGGACGGUCGGAUCCGUGUGAGCGUUACCAUCCUGCAGGAGCCCAACCUACAGAAAAUUUGUGACAGAGAACAGUCCUUAUCAAUGCAGUACCUGCCUGGCUUCCACCUGGCUCAGCGUAUAGGCGUUAGUUCUCACCUGCUGUCACGCAUCACUGGAAGCAUCUUCAUGGCACGUGGCAGUCAAGACACACACAAGGAGGAGGAUCAUAAGGUCAACAUUGGCCUCAACCUCAAGUUUAACAAGAGGAAUGAGGAGGUACCAGGCUUCACCAAGAAAGUGGAAAACCAGUGGCUGUACUCCAACAAGGCCCUGGAUGCUGUCUCGCAGUACUUCAGAAGGUUUCCUCAACUGUUUGACUUCAUCAGCCGUCAAGAAAGAGGUGGACCUGAUUUCUACUUUGAAGAGGACGUCUUCCCUUCUGGCAGCAAAGACAGUUUACAGAAGGUGUCUGAGUUCUUGAAAACCUUACCUUGUUAUGAUGUGAAGCCAAUGAAAGCUGGUGCUGAAAUUGUGGAUGAGCUCAUGAUCAAAGAGAUAGAAAAAGAAGUAGACAGGAUAAAGGCUGUGAACAAAAAGAAGAGGAAAUCAGUGAAGAUGCAGGUGAAACCACACCUCCUGUUCAGGCCUGUCUUCCUGCACGGUGGCAUAAUCCCUGACCCCGAGGUGACCUUCAUGCUGUUUGACCGUGUGGUGAACAUUCGAGAAGGCUUCUCCGUGCCGUUUGGGCUGCGGGGAACAGUGGUAGGCAUCCACCAUGCACAGAAAGAAGCAGACACCAUGUAUGAGGUCAUCUUUGAUUCCGAGUUUCUGGGUGGGAUAACAGUCAGGUGUUCACCUGGUCGAGGUUACCGCUGUGCGUCCAACUGUCUCAUCAACAUAUCCCAUGGGGAGAGGAAGGAGAGGGUCAAACAGAUCGUUCAGGGCUCGGCUAACUGGUCUUCCUCGCGUACAGACAACAAGGGAAGCAACUCCAGCCUGUCCUACGCUAUGGCUUCUGGGAGCAGAGGGGAACAGGCGGGAAACAGCUAUUCCUCCCUUAAGAAUGGCCUGGCAUCCAGGCAAACUGGGAAUCAGAACAGUAAUAACAGCAUAGGUCGUGAGGCAGACUUCGGCUCUCGGUCUUCAGCGCAGUUUAGUUCAGCUCGUGUCACAACUAACCAAACAAGUCGCAAAGGCACAGGACAGACUCAGUCCAAUAAAGCCAAAGGGAUUUCAUCAGAAUUUGCUGACAUGUGGAAAGAAAUCCAGGCAUCCACAGAGGCAAAGUCCUCCCCUAAGAAAUCGGGCGUGUCGCUGUCACAGGCAGCUCGUGUUCUGGAUGGCCAGUACCCAGAGAAACAACAGCGCCAUGGAAUUCCUCCACAAAGCACACCCAAAGCAGAGAAAGAUCUGCUGAAUCGGCAGUUUGAGGAGGCUGACAAGCGACAGGGUGUACCUCCCUCUGACGCAACUUCAACUAGCCAAUCAGGUGCUAUGACCAAAAUUGAUAUCCAGUCAUUGUUUGGUAAGGCAUCUUCCAGUGCUCCUGACCCAAAUGUCAGUGAGUUUGCAGCAAUGAUGAACUCUCUGGAAAUUGCUGGGGCUGCUCAAGGCUUGUCAGAUGGUUCAGUAGCGAAUGUGAAGGGCAGCUCAGAAGAUGGGACAGGGGCUGGCCUUGUGGAGAGGCAAAAGUCAUUAAUUGUAGAUGACACGUUAGGACAGAGGACUUCCCCUGUCUCACCAAGUUCCCAACAGGCACUGUCUGGGCACAGCUAUGGGAGACAACUCUCUGUUCAGGAGCUGUUUGCAGGUGCUAAGCAGUGUGCUAGCAAAGCACCAGCAUCUCCUACGUCUUCACUUCUGCCUGCGUCAGUAGUUGGAGAACACACUCCAGAGCAUCAGGUCCAGCCAAUCCAAGACUUGGCAUCAACAGCUAGAGGAGAUUACCCUCUCGAAGCUCAGGUUCGGCCAAUACCAGACUCUGCACCAGCAGUGAGAGAACAUCCACCGCCAGAGUCUGCUCCAAAGAUCUCCAGUCAUCCUGCAAAUUCCCGACAGCUGGUACCUCCACUUCCUGUGGUCAACCAGUUGUUAGGAAUGCACCCUCCGGGGCUGGCCCCUACAGCCAUCCCUCCCCCGGCCCUGCUGCACCCGACGCUCCCUCUUCCAUCCGUUCCACCCCACUCGGGCCCUCAUCAGAGGGUUGUCCGAAACCCUGUAAUGGAGCUGCUGGAAUUGUGCAAUUCUUCAGGAAUGGGACCUCCUAAAUAUGAUUACACAUCCUCACAGAAGGGACAAAUUGCAGCAUAUGUUACUUUGUCAACGGGUCAAAAGUUCCAUGGGUCUGUGUGUAGUACAAGGGAGGCGGCUUCAGAGAGUGCAGCGAGUAUGACCCUCAGACAACUGGAGAAGAUGUCAUUCAACAUGAUGAUGAUGGGCAUACCUCAGCCCCCUGGUCUACAAGGACCCAGGUGGCGGCCCAACUUGCCGUUCUCGCCUAACUCAGCAUUUAGUCCUGUCCAGCCAAGGUUUGGUGUUCCGUUCCUUCCUCCCGGACAAGCGCAGUUCACUCACCCUCCACCCAACUUCUUCCAACCUCAUUACCUUCCACAAAUGCCGACUGGAGCAGGAUCAGAUGCUGGUUAUCACCACGGUUACUCGCGACAACUAAAGCCAGCAGAUCACGUGACCUCGUCUGGUCAGCAGAAGGAGGGAGAGCGAGGGACGGCGAGUAACCCGUUCAUACCGCUACAGGUUAUACAAAAACAGAAGUCCCCUCAAAAGCCCAUGAGAUCAUCCCAAGACAGGGGAGAGAUUCCUGCCUAUCCGACCUCAUCAGAAACGACGGUACCUAAAUCUUCACUUACAACUGCUGCAGCUGAUGGUGUCCCUCUUCCAUCAGUACUGACGUCGUCUAACUCAGCGCAGGCGGCUUCUAACUCAUCACUAACGGUGUCUAACUCAACACAGGCAGCGUCAAACUCAGCACAGCGGGUUCCUCACACAGCCGCUCCUGCAUCAAGGGCAUCAACCCAUAAAAGUCCUGCUGCUCACAAGGAAAAGACAACUGCUCCACAGUCUGACUCCGGUAGUAAACCUCAACCCAAACGCACAAAAUCUAGACUGGCAGCCAAAUUUAACUUUCCAAACUGACCGAGAGGGAACAUAUUUUAUUUUAGGCUUUAUGUAUUUGGCUCAAAGACCUAUUAUUUUGUGAUAAAUGUUUUUGGCAUAUAGGUACAGUGUAUGUGGAACCUCAGUGAUUAAAAGCUCUGAUAAGUGUACUUGGAAAUAUGAAGUUUAGUUUGGCUCCAUUAUUGUGAUAUUCUUUAUAUCUGCUGCUAUUGUUCUUUUUCUUUUUUUUUUGUGAGGAAGAAAAAGUUGUUGUUACAUAUGAGGUUCCACAUGCCUGGAGUAAGUUUAUCCACCCUUUUUGCAUGCAAAUGUGAAGUGUAUCCUUUAUUUGAAGGCUGAUUGUCAAAGGCAUGCUCAGAAUUGUGAUGUCAUUUGAAUAUCUUGUAGCAGUUAUGAAGUCAACAGUUUAGAUACAAAAACCAGGGGUGGUAAAUUGAGACGUUUUGUCAGUGCUUAAACUUGCGAAUAGAUAUACAUGCAUAUGUAUAUGUAGGUGUAAGUAACACUGCGUUCAAUAUCUGCCUUCAGUUUAAAUGUUAGCGAAGUUGUGUCUUUUAAAUGUUUUUGCCCGUGAAGUUUUACUGUACUUUUGGUGAUAUUUUAUAUGAUCAAAGGAUUUUUUAUGCUUUUUAUGGUAGGAAAGGAUCUAACUGUAUUUGAUGAAAAUAUCACUUAAAAAACAAUUUUAAAUGAAGACCACACAUGUUGUUUAUCAGUCACAUCAGUAGGUGUCUCUAGAUUUGAUAGUAUAUGUAAAUUGUCACAUACAUGUGUGUAGACUUAGAAGAGAGUGUAUUGUGUCAAAUCCACCAACUUGGCUUUGCAAUAUUUUUUUCUGACGACGAGUAAUGUUUUAUCUGUAUUAUGAAAGGACAAUAAAUUUUAUUUGAAUAGAUAUUCAUCAUUUUUAAGAAUGUGGAAGAAGAAACCGUGAUCAGAAUCACUUCAUGAUUUAAUUGCUAACAAUGUGUGUUUUUUAUGGAAAUAAAAUAUUCUGUGUUGCUGAUCUAUCAUCCAAACAGUGACUAUUUAUGUAUGCUCAUUGUAACUCUUGUAUUGCCUGGGAACCAUCCACACCAGCGGCGCUAGAUUUAUUUCUUCUUCUCCCAGCAAGCGUCUAAAAACGGUGGCUCUUUGUUCUGUUUUCAGUUGACUGUAACUGAUUACAUUGUUCUGUGUCAGUUCACUGUAUUCAGUUACAUUUUCCUGUUUUAGUUCACUGUAACUGAUUACGUUAAGAUCUCAUCUGAUGUGAUGCAUGCAGUAUGACUAGUAAGUCUUCACGUACAGGUAUGAAAUAAACAAUAAAGUUAUCAUUUGUAA